AUGCGUUUCUCAGUACUUGUUUUGGCACUCACCGCUGCGGUAGUGCAUGCUAGCCCCAUCGUAGUCCCAGUUCAACCUCCAAAUGGAGGUCCAACCCCAAAUGGUCCAACUCCAAAUGGAGGUCCAACUCCAAAUGGUCCAACUCCAAAUGGAGGUCCAACUCCAAAUGGUCCAAGUCCAAGUGGUCCAUCUCCAAGUGGUAAACCAACUCCAGGCGGAGGUACCGAUGCAACCAACUGUACUCCCUCUAAGGUUCUAGGACCUGGUUUUAACGUCACAUUCUAUGACUACCCAUACAAGGACUAUCCUAACUCCGACCAAGGUUGGCAAACAGGAUGGUUUGAGGGUGACUACAAGCUUCUUCCGGUCACUGGACAUGCCUCUGGAGUCACCAACAUCAACUUUUCAGACCAAAAUGUUCCCGUUGGUAUUAUUCCUGGCACAGUGUAUGGACAAACUGUGAACAUUUCUAACUUCGCCAUGGAAUUGAGUGGUUUCUUCAAAGCCAACGUCACUGGUACUUAUACUUUCGAAUUGAAGGCUGACAAUGGUGCAUCUCUUCAACUUGGUGCUGGACAAUCUUGUUGUAAUGAUGCAGGUGGAUCUGUUGGUGGAAACUUCAACAUUUACACAUUGGGACCAUACGGUGGUGGAGGUGAUGUCAAUGCUCCAACUAAUUUGCACGUUGCCUCUUUCCAGCUUGAAGCCAACAGAUACUACCCAGUCAAGAUUGUCUACUUCAACUGGUACACCAAUGCUGGUCUUUACCUUUCUUACCUCGAUCCUAACAACAACAAUGUCACUAACUUUGCUGGCAUGAUUAAUCAGCUUAAAUUCGACAACAGUGUUUGUGUCACUUCUGUCACCAGCUACUGGGACAGCUCCUUCACUUCAACCACUACUGCCACUGGUGUUAGCACCAACACUGUGAUUGUCGAGGUUCCUCAUAUGACCACCACCACUACUACUACUUGGGGUAACUCUUACACCUCUACCACUGUCCGCACUGGUAAGACCACCAACACUGUUGUGGUUGAGGUUCCAACUCCAACUGUCACCACCACUUCUUACUGGACUGAGAAGACCACUGGCUCUACUACUGUCACUACAGGAAAGGACGGCACUCACACCCUUGUGAUUGAGGUCCCAAAGAACACUACCACCACCACUACUACUUGGGGUAACUCUUUCUCCUCGAGGACCACUGCUACUGGUUCGAUCACCGACACUGUCAUUAUCGAGGUCCCUCAUCCAACUGUCACCACCACUUCUUACUGGACUGAGAAGACCACUGGCUCUACUACUGUCACUACAGGAAAGGACGGCACUCACACCCUUGUGAUUGAGGUCCCAAAGAAUACUACCACCACCACUUUUACUUGGGACAAGUCCUAUGAUAGCACACGUACCUUUACCGGUUCUAUCACCGAUACAGUGGAAAUUGACGUAACUUCUACCAAGCCAAGUUCAUCUGCUAAGCCAUCUUCCAGCUCUGUCAAGCCAUCUUCCAGUUCCGUGAAGCCAUCUUCCAGCUCUGCUAAGCCUUCUUCUAGCUCUGCUAAGCCUUCUUCUAGCUCUGUGAAGCCAUCUUCUAGCUCUGUGAAGCCUUCUUCAAGUUCUGUCAAGCCAUCUUCCAGUUCCGUGAAGCCAUCUUCCAGUUCCGUGAAGCCUUCUUCCAGCUCUGCUAAGCCUUCUUCUAGCUCUGUGAAGCCAUCUUCUAGCUCUGUGAAGCCUUCUUCAAGUUCCGUGAAGCCAUCUUCUAGCUCUGCUAAGCCUUCUUCCAGCUCUGUGAAGCCAUCUUCCAGCUCUGCUAAGCCAUCUUCUAGCUCUGUGAAGCCAUCUUCCAGUUCUGUCAAGCCUUCUUCUAGCUCUGUGAAGCCAUCUUCCAGCUCUGUGAAGCCAUCUUCCAGCUCUGCUAAGCCAUCUUCCAGUUCUGCUAAGCCAUCUUCCAGUUCCGUGAAGCCUUCUUCCAGCUCUGCUAAGCCUUCUUCUAGCUCUGUGAAGCCAUCUUCUAGCUCUGUGAAGCCUUCUUCCAGUUCCGUGAAGCCAUCUUCUAGCUCUGCUAAGCCUUCUUCCAGCUCUGUGAAGCCAUCUUCUAGCUCUGUGAAGCCUUCUUCAAGUUCUGUGAAGCCAUCUUCCAGCUCUGUGAAGCCAUCUUCCAGCUCUGCUAAGCCAUCUUCCAGUUCUGCUAAGCCAUCUUCCAGUUCCGUGAAGCCUUCUUCUAGCUCUGUCAAGCCAUCUUCUAGCUCUGUGAAGCCAUCUUCAAGUUCCGUGAAGCCAUCUUCUAGCUCUGCUAAGCCUUCUUCUAGCUCUGCUAAGCCUUCUUCUAGCUCUGUGAAGCCAUCUUCUAGCUCUGUGAAGCCUUCUUCAAGUUCUGUCAAGCCUUCUUCUAGCUCUGCUAAGCCAUCUUCCAGCUCUGCGAAGCCAUCUUCUAGCUCUGUGAAGCCAUCUUCCAGUUCCGUGAAGCCUUCUUCUAGCUCUGUCAAGCCAUCUUCCAGUUCCGUGAAGCCAUCUUCCAGUUCCGUGAAGCCUUCUUCUAGCUCUGUGAAGCCAUCUUCUAGCUCUGUGAAGCCUUCUUCAAGUUCCGUGAAGCCAUCUUCUAGCUCUGCUAAGCCUUCUUCUAGCUCUGUGAAGCCAUCUUCCAGCUCUGCUAAGCCAUCUUCUAGCUCUGUGAAGCCAUCUUCCAGUUCUGUCAAGCCUUCUUCCAGCUCUGCUAAGCCUUCUUCUAGCUCUGUGAAGCCAUCUUCCAGUUCUGUCAAGCCUUCUUCUAGCUCUGCUAAGCCAUCUUCCAGUUCUGUCAAGCCUUCUUCCAGCUCUGUGAAGCCAUCUUCCAGCUCUGUGAAGCCAUCUUCUAGCUCUGCUAAGCCUUCUUCAAGUUCCGUGAAGCCAUCUUCUAGCUCUGCUAAGCCUUCUUCUAGCUCUGUGAAGCCAUCUUCUAGCUCUGCUAAGCCAUCUUCCAGUUCUGUCAAGCCUUCUUCUAGCUCUGCUAAGCCAUCUUCCAGUUCUGUCAAGCCUUCUUCUAGCUCUGCUAAGCCAUCUGGAUCUUCUAGUGUUCCAUCUUCCAGCUCUGCUAAGCCAUCUGGAUCUUCUAGUGUUCCAUCUUCCAGCUCUGUGAAGCCAUCUGGAUCUUCUAGUGUUCCAUCUUCCAGCUCUGUGAAGCCAUCUGGAUCUUCAAGUGUUCCAUCUGGAUCUUCUAGUGUUCCAUCUGGAUCCUCUUCUGUUCCAUCUGGAUCUUCUAGUGUUCCAUCUGGAUCUUCUAGUGUUCCAUCUGGAUCUUCUAGUGCUCCAUCUGGAUCUUCUAGUGUUCCAUCUGGAUCUUCUAGUGUUCCAUCUGGAUCCUCUUCUGUUUCAUCUCAAUCUUCUAUCGUUCCAUCCUCCACUUCUGAAGGAUCUUCUUUCGUUCCAUCCUCGACUUCAGAGGUCUUUUCCUCGUCUCUUGAGCCAACUUUCCGGUCUUCUCUGAGUUUCACUGGAUACCACAACACUUCUUCCACGAUUGUACCAACCGGUAGUGGCGACUCAUCUACCCAGAUUCCAUUCCCAACUACCGAAGGUCCAGUUCCAACUACUCAAGGUCCAGUUCCAACUACCCAAGGUCCAGCCCCAUCUUCAACUGUUGUGACAUCCUUCACUUCUUUCACCACUGUUGUGACUCUCACUUCUUGUGCUGACAAGAAAUGUACCCCAGUUACUUCCACAUUUACGAUUAAGACUGCCACCACCGUGACUGUUCCAUGUAGUACCAAUGCCACUCCAACCACUGUCGUUCCAGGUACUCCAGGUACUCCAGGUACUCCAGGUACUCCAGGUACUCCAGGUACUCCAGGUACUCCAGGUACUCCAGGUACUCCAGGUACUCCAGGUUCUGGUUCUGGUUCUGGCUCUGGCUCUGGUUCUGGUUCUGGUUCUGGCUCUGGCUCUGGUUCUGGUGCUCCUGGCUCUGGCUCUGGUGCUCCUGGCUCUGGUUCUGGUGCUCCUGGCUCUGGCUCUGGUGCUCCUGGCUCUGGCUCUGGUGCUCCUGGCUCUGGCUCUGGUGCUCCUGGCUCUGGCUCUGGUGCUCCUGGCUCUGGCUCUGGUGCUCCUGGCUCUGGCUCUGGUGCUCCUGGCUCCGGUUCUGGUGCUCCCGCUUCGAGUUCCUCCAGCUCUCUCGCUGGCUCGCCAACUUCUAGUCCAGCAAUCACCACAUACGCUGCAUCUGGUUCUAGAUCUUUCGUUUCGACUUUCAACAUUCUCUUUCCUUUGGCUCUCUUGGCUCUUUAA